CUCCGUCCGCUCUUUCCUUGCAAACGACUCUCAAUUCCACUCCUGCGCGUCGUCGAAUGAUACCUACGACGGCCCGCGACCAUGGCGACCGGUGCUGUACUAGUUGACAGGAAACAUCUCCCUGUCGCAGAUCUGUCCGCCACCGACGCCGCCGCGCGACCCUCCGCCGGACAGCAAGCCAAGCCCGCGGCGGAAGAACAGCAUGAUGAGACCGAUGAUGGAUUGGAUAAUGCCUCGCUGUAUGAGGACAUCCUAGAUGAGGUGGAGGCUUACGAAUAUGCCAGUGGUCCCGAUGUCUGUACUUAUGAAGAAGCAAAAGGGUAUAGAGACCGAUUGCAUGAAAUAGGUGCUGGCCCUUUCAUUUUUGAGACUGUAACCACUCGGAAGAUCUCAGCCAAGAAGCUGUGUACCGCAUUUGCCAUUCGGCCUCCUCCCUUUCUGGAAGGGCAGCCGGAUAGUGCAUACUACCAGCUACUAGGCAUCGCCAUAGCACGCGAGCUUUCUAAGAGACGGCGUCUGUCCAAGUAUAGCACGAUUGAAGAUGCUGCACACCUACUCAAGAAAUCAAAGAAUAUCAUGGUCAUAACCGGCGCCGGUAUCUCGACCAGCCUUGGAAUACCGGAUUUCAGAUCAAAAAACACCGGCUUCUACUCCAGACUUCAGGAAAUGGGCUAUUCGGAGCCAGAACAAGUUUUUGACAUCCACAACUUUGACGAAGACCCGACGACAUUUUACACCCUUGCGGGCGAUAUUCUGCCCGACUUGUACAACUGGACUCCGACUCAUGAGUUUAUACAUUUGCUCCAGCAACAUGACAAGCUCUUGACGAAUUAUACCCAAAACAUUGACAAUCUGGAAAGCCAUGCCGGUAUCGAUCCAGAGAAACUAGUUCAGUGCCAUGGUUCAUGGGCAACAGCGACUUGUCGAAAAUGCGGUUUCAAGAUACCUGGUGAAGAAAUAUUUGAGAACAUCAGACAACAGAAAGUGGCAGAGUGCAAGGAGUGCAUACGUCAACUACAGAUUCCGAGAACUGGCGCGAAGAGGAAACGCAGCUCAAACGGUUCCAACAAGAAACGUCGACAGAGUGAUGAUGAUGAUGACGAUGACGGACAAUAUGAUAUACCUCAGCCAGGUGUCAUGAAACCGGAUAUCACGUUCUUUGGAGAGGCUCUGCCAAAACGGUUUUUCAAUCAACUCAGUGACCAUGACAAAGAUAUCGUUGAUCUGGUCAUUGUUAUCGGAACUUCCAUGAAGGUGGCUCCAGUGUCUGAAGUACCUCAGAUAUUGCCCCCUAGUGUACCACAAAUCUAUAUUUCCCGCGAUCCUGUCCGCCAUAUUGACUUCGACGUCAAUCUUCUGGGCGAUUGUGACGUAGUAGUAGCCGAGCUAUGUCGUCUUGCGGGUUGGGAUCUAAAGCAUAAAAUGCUUCCUGAAGGGCAGAAGGUCGACGUGCAAGCUGUGGAGUCGGGGAUCGGGGAAAACCACACAUGGAGGAUUGUGCUCCGAAAAGAUGAAGACAAACAGGUCGCAUAAUAGGAUUAGCUAGUUGGUGCAUUGGGCUCUUUGCUACGGGGCUAGCAUAGCGAUUGCUUCCCGGAUUAACGGUGUAUUGGUUUACUUUUACGGAGAAAGGAGGCGAUCAAGGCGCGGAAAUACGUAACUAAGACUUGCUUAUACUAGAUAGUAGUUUAUUAAGAGUCUGAUCCUAAUAGUAGCGAC